UAUUCUUCACCACACUCUCCUAAUACGGUCAUCACCUUGCUGCCUGUGGCGUCACUUUUCAUGCGAUAGAAAUUCACCAGCACCCCGAAAUGCUUCCCCGUGGUCAGAAGCGCUUGCUUGACGGGCGGAGCAUCCUUCAUGUUGACCCUGCCAAUCUCAAGCCUGAGGAAGUCGAAGUUCUCUACUCGCUUGAGACCAUCUGGGAUGAUCCAAAUGUCCUUGAGAAGCUCCGCACUUUCAAGUGGAUAUUCGACUUACUUCUGAGCGCCUGUAAAUCACCAGAAGCUGGUCCUACAGUUUCCGCCACGUAUUUCGAUAGUGUUAUUGCCGCGAAAGAAGCUGUAGGGGUUGAUUAUCAUCAGCAUGGUUCACAGCAUGACUGGCAGCCCAGGGAAAGUUCAGACCUUAUUGAUGGCAGAUUGUCGCAAUGGGCAGAUGAAUGCAUUACAGCCAUCACAACGUCUAAAUAUUUUGAACGAUCUGAGUCAGAGUCAAUUUGCCGAACUGUUAUUGAUGUGAUAUUUUGUGAUUGA